AUGCUUUCUAGCUGGGUUAAAGCUCUCGGGGCUCUACUCCUUCUGGCCUCUGUCGCUCAGGCGCAAUUCCAGUUCUUCGAGCACAUGUUUGGAGGAGGUCAUCAAGAACACCAUCAACAAGGCACACAGAAUUCUGCCAGCGACAGUUCGAGAUAUCAACAGCUAUGGGAAGGAACCAACUGCAACAAAUACCUCUGUCCGGGGACGCUCGCAUGUGUUGACUUUCCUCAUCAUUGCCCAUGUGCGCAUCCAAAUGUUGAAGAUAAGGUCGAAUUGGGUGAAGGAAGUGCUGUCUGCAUCUCGAAAGGAGGCUACAAGCCUGGGGAGGCGGCGCGGAAGAUUGAGUUGGCUCGGAAAGCUCUCAAGAAACCAACUGACUUCAAGUCUGUUCCUUUACACCCCUCCAGUCGCGAUCUUUAUGUGGAGCUCAAGACUACGAACACCUCUUAUAAGGUCGGUGGCAGCGCCUGGCCGCCAGAUCCGAACUACGACCCCGCUCAGAACACCUUACUUUCUCCCGUUCAUAUACCAGAAGAUCCCAAUGGCGUGCUCAAAGAGACACAUCCGGCCUUGGGAAUAUUGGCAAAUUCUGGUUUGGUUAUACAAAGACAGCUUGAGUUGAUGAAUGUGAUGAUCGGAUUCGAACAGGCGAACAAAUACGUCAUCAUGGAUGCAAAUGGAAAUCAUAUUGGCUACAUGGCCGAACAAGAGAGGGGCAUGGCGAAUAUGAUGGCGCGACAAUGGUUUCGAACACAUCGAAGUUUUGUGACGCAUGUGUUUGAUCGGCACGAAAACGAGGUGCUUCGAUUUCACCGCCCCUUCUCUUGGAUCAACUCUCGCAUUCGGGUUUACGACCCUCUUGAUGUUGCCAAAAGCGCCUUCUCGUCUUCAACCGCUGACCAGAAUGGAUCUUCAGGGUCACUUGUCCAAGCUACGGGGGACUCAAAUGCUCGCAUCUCGCCCUUGGGAUUCGAGGAUAUGCGUGUCAUUGGAGAAGCACAGCAGCAGUGGGCGCCGUUGCGGCGGAAAUACAACCUUUUCACCUAUCAUCACUCCCCUGUUGGCACCACAGAAAUGGGAACUCAGAGAUUACCUCUUUCGCAGACCGGCUUAUCAAACUCGCAGCAGAUGCAAUUGACUCAAACAAGUGAAAGUGGCCAAGAUGUUGGGGAAUACCAUCAGUUUGCCUAUGUAGAUGAGCCCUUCUUGUCAUGGGACUUCUCUCUACGCUCGGCAGACAGCCGACUCAUUGGCUCAGUCAAUCGAAAUUUUGUUGGUUUCGCGCGGGAAUUGUUUACAGACACUGGUGUCUAUGCUCUUCGCAUGGAUUCUGCGGCUCUUGGUUCCGAGCAAUCGACCUCACAAGCAAAUGUGCCAACUGGGAUGACACUAGAUCAACGGGCAGUAAUGCUAGCCACUGCAGUAAGUAUUGACUUCGAUUACUUUAGUCGUCACAGUGGUGCUGGCGGUUUCGGCUUCAUGCCCAUCUGGAUCCCCGGCGUUGGCGGAGAGGCCGCUGCCGGUGGCGCCGCUGCUGGCGAAGCUGGGGCUGUAGGUGAUGCGGCUGCGGGCACCAUUGGCAGGGCUGGCGCCGCUGGAGGAAUUGCUGAAGGUGCUGCUGCAGGAGCAGCUGGUGCGGGAGCGAUGGCUGGUUACGAUGCGUUAUCAAGAGGCAUGGCAGGAGACAGUAACACACAGCAUCCUCCCUCACCCGAGCAGCAGCCAAACUCGGCAGAUCAGCCAUCAUCAGCUCCGGGUCAAGCAGGCCCUUACGGAGAUAUUUGGGCCGAGGACCAGGAGGAUCCGUUCUCUCGCGGGCCUGAAGAUCCCUGGAACAUUGAAGAGCCAGAUGAUGAGGGCGAAGGAGGGAAUGAUGACUAUGACUGGUUUUGA